CAACUUAAUUCUCGAACGAAUUCAUUAAAAGAAUUCAACUUUAUUAUAAUUAACGAAUUGAUCAUGGCAUUCAAAUCUGCUUUUAUUAUUUUAUCAUUGUGUUCUCACAUAAUAUUGGCGAUACCCCUGGAUCCUCAUCAAGAACCGUUUUCUCAACCGGCUCUUGACUACCGCAUCGUGGGUGGAGGUAAUGCUGAGAAAGGGUCCGCCCCGCACAUGGUGGCCCUGGUAUUCGGAGCCAAAGUCAUCAGCCUAACAUGCGGAGGUUCCAUCGUCAGCAGACGUCAUGUCCUGACGGCCGCUCACUGCGUAGUCCCAUUUAUAUCAUGGACUGGGCAGCUUCUGGAAACUCUCGUUGGCGUAGUGGGGUCAAACAGAUGGAAUACUCCGGAUAACUUGGUCCGGUUCUCUGGUCACAUCAACCAUCCUGACUAUGACAGCUGGCAUAUCAAGAACGACGUCGGAGUGCUCAUACUUGUCGAGAACAUCAAGAUCAGCGACAAAAUUGAUAUUAUUCCGCUUAAUUUUAAUUGGGUAGAUGGAGAUGUAAACAGUUACGCUACCGGAUGGGGUAGAAUGUGGAACCAUCUUUCUUACGAGGGCCCUAUACCAGAUGAUCUACAAAUUUUGCACGUAAGAACUAUCUCCGGACAGGAAUGCGUCGACGGCGUGAUCCAAGCCUCCCAGGAGCUGGGCUGGGCCCCUCCGAUCAACCCCCAGGUGGAAAUCUGCACCUUCCAUUCUCCUAACCACGGCAUGUGUCAUGGCGACUCCGGCAGCGCGCUGGUGGAGAAGCACUCAGGCCAGCAGAUCGGAAUCGUGUCCUGGGGCUUUCCCUGCGCUCAGGGUGCUCCUGACGUGUUUGGACGAAUUAGUGGGUUUAAGAAUUUUUUGAAGCCUAUUCUUGAUGGACAUCUCUAAAGAUUGUUUGUCUAGUUCCAUAACGAUUUCCUAAAAACAUAUAAACUAUUUGGUAAUAAUUAGAAACGGCUAUUUCGCAAUGAUACAAUAGAUUAUUACGAUAUUUAGAAAUAAAAUGUCAUCAAUGAA